CCCGGAUGUAGUUUGACGUCAAAGCGGCUGCUGUAACGUUUCUUACGCAGUAACCGUUUGUGCACGAACUGAAGUGUCGGCGAGCUCCAUCAGAUCCAGAGAAAGUUUCACUUUGAGGAGGCAACCAUGGCCAACCAAAUGGACAUCCUAACAAAGGUUUUGGAGGAAUCAGCCAGGCUGGUGGAGGAGAAGGUGGAUGCAGAGUUGAGCAAACUGAAUGAAAUGGAUGAAGAUGAUUUGGAAAGACUGAAGGAGAAGCGGUUAGAGGCACUUAAAAAAGCCCAGAAACAGAAGCAGGAGUGGUUGUCUAAAGGCCAUGGAGAGUACAGAGAAAUCUCAAGUGAGAAAGACUUUUUCGGCGAGGUCAAAGAAAGCAAGAACGUUGUCUGCCACUUCUACAGAACUUCCACCUUCAGAUGUAAGAUCCUCGACAAACACUUGACCAUCUUGGCAAAGAAGCACGUCGAGACCAAAUUCCUCAAACUGAAUGUGGAAAAGGCCCCGUUUCUGACCGAGAAGCUGCGGAUCAAGAUUAUUCCGACGCUGGCGUUGCUGAUAGACGGAAAAACAAAGGACUAUGUGGUUGGAUUCGCUGACCUGGGGAACACAGACGAGUUUCCGACAGAGAUGCUCGAAUGGAGACUCGGCUGUGCAGAUGUUAUUAACUACAGCGGUAACAUCAUGGAGCCUCCGACAAUGACACAGAGGUCGGGCACAAAGAUCACGAAGGUGGAGAAGAAAACCAUCCGAGGGCGAACUUACGACUCCGAUUCUGAUUCUGAAGAUGAUUGAAAUGCACUUAAAUGUGUCUGGUUUUCUCUCUCAGGGCUACCUCCUCUUUUAAAAACAAAAGAAGGUGCCCACUUUAGAUUUUUCUUCCCCCUUUCCGUCAGUGACUUUAGAUUUCCACAUUUUAAUUUACCAGCUCUUAAAUCAAAUUGAUUUACAGAAUAAGGAUGCAUCCCGAUACCCGGAGUAUCGAUAAUGACCUCUUCGCUCAGUCAACACACACACACACACACACACACCAUGGCAGAGAGAAGAAAAAGGUAGAAAGUUUGGCUACAUUUUACUCCAGUAGAUACUAAGAUUGGCGUGCUGCAGCCAGGAACCAGAUGGUUUCUCCCAAAAGAACCGACAAGAGUAUCAGUGAGGAACCGAACUGAGAAGCAAAAGAUACCCAUCCCUAUUUCUAGAAGUAUUUUUGGUUUCAGCCUUAUUAAAUGAAUUGUCUGCCAUGUUGCCGCGCACGUCAAGAACAAAGAAGCGUGGAGAGGAUGCCGUGUUUCACUGAACAUUCCACCAAUCAUCUCUCAACCAGCUCUUCAUCUCUUUGACUAAAACCUUGAACCUUUGUCUUGAGUGACGGGCGUUCAUUUAGGUGGUUGUUCUUUUCUUGUGUUGUUAUCAAGCCUCAUUAAAACAUCUUUUAGCAUCAAACUUAA